AUGGACAACUUAUGGAAGAAGGAGACAGCGCGAGCUGAAUACGUCGAUAUUUUUGCAUCUGUACAAAGAUCACCACUAGAUGGUAUGUUGAUUGAAUUACUUAAAAUGCAACGAACUCGGAAAAGCAAUCAACAAUCGACCGAAUGGCGCUCAAAAGGGAAUGAACUUUUUGGUCAAGGAAAUUGGAUCGAAGCAACGAAUUGCUACAAUAAAAGCUUGUGUUAUGCCGAAGUUGGCUCUGAAAACGUUGCGCUAGCAUAUUCAAACAGGUCGGCAUGUCUCUUCCAUGCGUUGAUAUUGGAUGAAGUUUUGGUUGAUAUUGAACUCGCUAAAAACGCGAAUCUACCUGAUCGGCUGAUACCGAAGCUGGAGCAACGUAAAAAGGAUACAUUGAAUCUGAUGUCAAUGGGUGAGCGUAAAGAGGAAUUCAAACCGAAACUAAGUUACAAAGCUGACAAGAAUUUCCCGUGCAUGGCAAAUGUCGUGGCGAUAAAAUACAACGAGGAAUUCGGUCGUCAUUUGGUUGCGAAGUGUGACAUUCCAGUUGGAAAAACUGUUUUGAUGGAAAAGGAUUUUCUUCGAUUCAGGGAUAAGCCGUCGGUGUGUUAUUCAUGUUCACAACCAUGCAUGAAUUGUAUGGCAUGCCCGAGCUGCGCUGAUGUGAUGUUCUGCAGCGUUGAUUGCAUGAAUAACGAUCAGAUUCACAAAUUGGAGUGCAGUACAUUUUUUCCAAACCGACCACUUCCAGAUAGAUUCUUGAUCAAAACAAUUCUGUUCGCCAUCACCAGUUUUCCCGACGUGAACAGUCUGAUGCAAUUUGUUGAAGAUGCUUUGCUCGGAAAACCCGAAACAUUACCGACAUCAUUGAACGAUCCCAAGUCAAAGUACCAUUUCUUUUUCAAACUUGCAACAUCAGCACCAUACAUAUUUGGCCCGUCGGAGGCUUAUAAAGUUUACGAAGUCAUGAUGAAUUUGCCAAAAGUCACCAUUCUGUUCGAUAGUGAUCGAAAAAAGCGUUUCCUCAUGCAUUUGGUUAUGCAUCACGUUCUUAUUCACAACACCAAUUCAUUUGGAUCUGAAGCAUCUACGUAUGUGGCCAACGUUACUUCUCUCAUAAAUCAUUCAUGUGCUCCCAAUAUUAUAAGUUGUUUUUUAAGAGGUAAUGUAAUCGGUGUGACAGGAAGACCAAUCAGAAAAGGUGAACAGCUUUUCAUCAAUUACUCAAAGGAACUCGAUGAAAUGCCGUCGAAUGAACGAAAAGCAGAAUUGAAAUCUCGACGGGGAUUCGAUUGCAAAUGCGAAAAAUGCGAGCCAACACGUGCUUCAAUCGAUCCAAAACUGGUUACAUCGGAUCCAUGUUACAAGUACGUAGUCAAAAAUCAAGACAACGUUCAAGAAACUGCCAUGAUUCGGAAGAAGUGCGUUGAAUUUCUAAACAAACACGGACGGUCCCCAUGGUCACUGGAAAUUGAAAUGGUUUUCAAUGUAUACGCAAAUAUUUUGGGAAAUAUUUUGUAA